UAACCUAAAAAAUAUCACAACGUGAUCAGUAAAGUCCGACCUUUACAAUUAAGAUGGUUUAUCUACAUACAUUUCCUGCAGUUUUAUCAAUUUCUUUCGAGGUAAUGGCAUGGACAGGGUCUGGUAAGAAUUAACAAUGCAAUGGAGCAGGAAACAUAAUUAUCUACCUAAAUCAUAAGUGAAUAGUUUUUUAUGCAUUGUGCUUGUGAAUCACCAGCAAGAGUGCAGAACGUUAUUUACAGUGUCUUAAUUUCAAAAACAAUUGGAGAACCUUAUCGAAAAUGAAGAAAUUUAUAAUUGUAUUUACAAUCACGGUGGCUGUAAUUUUUACAAGUGUCAAAGGUCAACCUGGCUACAAUAAUUAUCCAGGUUCUCCCGGGUAUGGACCAAUCUACGCCCAAGCAUUCCCUUACAGCUUUGGAUACAGUUAUGUCAGUGCCGGCUACGGGAAUCAGUACCACCCCCUCCAAAGUCCACGCCCCCAGUUCGGAAUCGCCAAAGUGAAAGCUGAGCAGAAUUCUCUUGGAUAUGAAUAUUCUAUCCAUGAAAGUGGACCUAACCAUCACAAACACGUUCAUCAAACUGCGAGUACUGGCGGACGACAGAUUGUCCCUCUCGCAGCACCAAUUGUCCCAAUAAUUCCACAAGAACAAGUGGGCUACCACCACCCACAGCAACAACACAAACAACUCCAUGGCGCAUCUGGCUAUAUACCAAAUAACAACAGGGGUUACCACCAGUAUAGAAGUCUGGAAGAACAAGUGCCAUUAGUUUCAUCCGUUCAAGACCCAGCCUUGACCCUCGACAGGUACAGAGGAGGAAGAGGCGAUCAGCAGUAUUUUUAUGGCGAACAAGACCCCAGACUUGGAGGCCUUCAACAACAAACCAACCAAUUUCCAUAUGCAUACAAUGACAACUACGGGGGUCAAAUUCAUCCAGGACUUGGAACAUAUUUUUAACACUUUAACCACUAAUUGACUUAAGCGUCGUUAUAAUUUAUGUCGUAAUUUUGUAAUAAAAAACAUUUUAUGAACAACUCA